AUGGCGGCGGCGGCACUGCCAGAAUGGCGGAGUGGUCGUGCCUUCAAAGUGCCCGAAUGGAUUGAGCCCACGUUCAUCGUUCUCGUUCUCUUCGGGUCCAUGUACCUAACAAGGAGGAGGAACUACCCUGUCUUCAGGAGCUCGAGCGGCAACUACCCUUACGAGCGGGUAGCAAACUCGGCGGCCACGUCGCCAGCGCAGCUGUCACCCCGGACCUCGACCGACUACUCGGACGACGACGGUGGCCUGCUGUCGGCCAGCUCCCUGCGACCAAUCUCCCCUGCGGCCGAGCUCCGGCGCGCGGCGCGCAGCGGCGAGAACCCCCAGCACCCGCCCAAGACGCGGCGAGUGCUCGGGGUGUGGACGGUGACGACGCCCAACUCAUCGCGGUUCGCCGGCCACUGGCACAGCCGCGUGCUGCAAAAGUUCCCGUUCCUGAUCGAGAUGUUCUACUGGAUCGUCACCUACAUCUUCUACCGCCUGACCGCGGUCCUGUCGCAGGUCUGGUACGGCGGCGUCAAGGGCCUCUGGGACGUGGCCCAGGACCACGGUAUCGCCCUGCUGGAGCUCGAGGCCGUGCUGUUUGGCCCCCGCGGCGCGACGGGCACCGAAAGGUGGAUGGAGUGGAGGCUGCAGCAGUGGUUCCUGGCCGGCGGUGACACGCUGGACUGGAGGGGCAUCUGGCUGAUGGUGCUGAACCGAUCUUAUGCCCUUAUUCACAUCCCUGGAACUGUUUGCUUCAUCGCGUACUACUACUGGGCGGCCCCCAGCCACACACGGUUCGCGACGGUCCGGCGCACCAUGACGCUGCUCAACCUCUUCGCCUUCUUCACCUUCAUCAUGUACCCCUGCAUGCCGCCGCGCCUGCUGCCGCGCGAGUUCGGCUUCGUCGACACGGUCAACGCCGAGGACGCACAGUCGGCGUGGAUGAGCGGCAAGUACGUCAACAAGCUGGCCGCCAUGCCGUCCAUGCACUUCGGCUACGCCUUCGCCAUCGGCUGCGUCUUCGUCGUCGAGUCGGGCGUCCUGGCCGGCCUGCGCCGCCGCGCCGACGGCGUGCUCUUCGGCUACAACACGUGCGACCUCGAGGGCGGCGACGCCCGCCACGGCGUCCUCAAGUGCAAUGUGGACGACAGGCCCCGCCUCGACACCGCCCUCGCGGCCACCGGCGGUGUGUACACCCAGGGCCGGUACGACGUCGAGGCGCCGCACCGCCGCCCGCGGUGGCUGAGGCUCUUCUUCUUCGUUCUGGGUGUGUGGUACCCGUCGUGGAUCCUGCUCUGCAUCAUAGCGACGGGCAACCACUAUCUGCUGGACGCGGUCGCGGCCGCGGGCGUCGUGCUGCUAUCGUACCUGUGCAACCGCGUCCUCUUCGUCUUCAUGCCAGUCGAGGACUGGCUGCUGUGGGCGCUGCGGCUGGAGAAGCCGGUGCCGACCACGGGCUGGGUCAAGCGCGACAAGGGCCGCUCCAUCCGCUGA